UGAAUAGCUUGCAGUCUGGACUUCCUAUUUCCCCUCUCAACACACGUUGCUUUGCCUGCCUACUGCCUGCCACCAACUUGUUACGGCGGACGAACUGGGUUGGCACACGGGACAAAUAAAGUAUUCAUUGACUGGCGGGAAAAGAGUAGCCCUGGAUGGGAUUUUGGGACCGCUUCUCUCUCUCAGUUACACAGGCGAUUUCUGGAGACGAUUGGCUUUUCAGUGAUGAGAAUUUUGCCUGCCACAGUGAGAUUCGUAUUGGACAAUGGGGAUGACUGUGAACUGAUGACUUGUUUGAAAACUUGUUGAAGUCCAGAGGAAUUUUUGCCUCAGCCUACCUCACACUACUCAAAGUCAAUUCCCUCAGGAAGGGUAUUAGGUCUGUAUUUCUCCUCUGUUCCUUUCAGAAGCACGGGUAUUGUGUAACAGCAUUAUUUAUAAAUUUUCGCCUUAUAUUAUCUUUCUGAUUAAUCCUUGCGCUCAGAAAAAAUGGGUGACACAGUCCAGCUGAAGAAGCAGAUCACCCUGUUCCAGGGUGUGGCCAUCAUCGUAGGUAUCAUCAUUGGAUCGGGGAUUUUUGUGUCCCCCGUGGGCAUUCUGAUGCACACCAAGUCUGUGGGCUUCUCCAUGAUCAUGUGGGCGUGUUGCGGCCUCUACAACACGCUGUGUGCUCUGUGUUACGCAGAGCUUGGUGCGUCGAUACCUCAGUCAGGUGGGGAGUACAUCUACAUCCGACGUGCUUUCGGGGACUACCCAGCCUUCGUGUGCUUGUGGAUCAACUUCCUGCUCAUCUGCCCGGUCGGCAUCGCUGCGCUGAGUCUGAUCGCGUCCCUGUACAUCCUUCAACCCAUUUUCCCAGACUGUACAGUGCCACCCCUGGCAGAGCGGUUCAUCGCCAUUUGUCUUGUGUGGUUCCUGAUCGCCAUCAACUGCCGGAACGUGAAGUGGGCCACCCGGGUCCAGGUGGUCAUCACGGCCUCCAAGCUCAUCGCCCUGGCCAUCAUCAUCGUCAUGGGCAUCGUCUACCUGGCCAUGGGCGAUGGUGAAAGCUUUCAGAACAGUUUUGAAGACAGUGACUUCAGUGCCGGGGCCAUCGCUCUUUCUUUCUACUCAGGAUUCUGGGCCUACAGCGGCUGGAGCUACCUGAACUUUUUGACUGAAGAGUUGGUGAAUCCAAACAGGAAUCUCCCCCUAGCCAUCAUGAUCUCCAUGGGUGUUGUGAUCGGCGUCUACCUGGUGACCAACAUCGCCUACCUGGCUGUGCUCACGCCCGCUCAGAUGGUGAAGUCGACUGCCGUCGCUGUGACAUUCGCUGAGCAGACAAUGGGCGUGAUGCAGUGGUUGAUGCCCAUCCUCAUCGCUAUCUCUGUGUGUGGGACCAUGAACGGCACAGCUCUCUCCAUGUCCAGAUUGUUCUUCAUCGGAGCCAAGAACAACCACAUGCCGGCCUUCAUGUCCAUGAUCCAGUACAAGUACCUGACCCCAGCCUCCUCGCUCUUCAUCAUUCUGUGCCUGACCCUGUGUUUCCAGUCUUCCAAUGACAUCUGGUUCCUCAUCGAGAUGGAGGGCUUCGGCUUUGCUUCCAUCCUCACCAUCGUCUUUGCCGGCCAGGUGUGGCUGCGAUUCAAGGAGCCCGAUCUGAAAAGACCCAUCAAAGUUCCCAUCGCCCUGCCAGCCGUGCUGUGUUUGGUCAGUCUGGCCGUGGUCAUCUUGACCUUCUACCAGAAGAUGACGGAGAGUCUCCUGGCCCUGCUGCUGGUUGCCGUGGGAACCGUGCUCUACCUCAUCGGCAACCGGUGGACCAACAAACCCGACUUUAUCCAGUCCAAGAUCACGGCUGUGAACAUUUUCUUCCAAAAGCUGCUUUUGGUGGUUCCACAAGAGAACGAGAAAGAUUUACAGUGGGACUAGAUAGAAGAAAACAAAUCUUCAAUUCUCGGGGUUCCUGUAGAAAGCGGCGCUAAAUUAUGUGGAAACAGUCGCUCUGGACAGACAGAUAGGAUAACAAAUUUUCUGAUGAAAAGUUCAACGAUGGACAUUUCUUACUUUUAGGAAGCCAGUUAUUGUGGCUAAUCUGUGUGAGUUUCUCCUCACACUGGCAGCGCCGUACAACAAAAACAUAUCAGUUGUAGCACAGAAUUUGAAGCCGUCAGGCUGAAUUUUUUAGAAAGCGCAAGACCAUCAUCUUAGCAGGGUUUUUUCGCUGCAUUGUUUACUCAUGUUUUUAAGUAGCUGUGGCAUUAAGACAAAAACCAAAUGUUUUCAUUUAAUAUCUGGCCAAAGAACAUUUGUUUUAAAAAUAAAAAGUUGAUAUUGAUGACUGAUAGGACAAGUUAUAAUUUGUUAAUCCAAAUAUUUUACUUUGUGAUCUCCACAUCCUGAUGCUUGUUUGCAUAAUGGAAUGGUUCUUUUGUUUCGUUCGAGGCUUUCAAGUGAUUGUCUUCAUGAGAUUUCUGUGUUCCUGUUGGGUUUUUCUUCUUCUGUCAGCUCUUUGUGUUACACGCUGAGUCAGCAGUAGAGCUUGUACUUUGUUCCAGGCUUGUUAUAUGGUCGCUUUUAAGGACAAGUGGGCUAACCCAAAUUUCUGAGGUUUCCUGAAAUCUUCACAUACACCCAAAGUGGGCAUUGCCCUACCUAAAUGAGAAGUUUCGUUUCAUUGGUGUGUAUAUUUGUUUGGUUAGAGAGAAAACUCUCCUUGUCUUUGAAAGAAACUGAAAAACUUUACCUUUGGUUUUCUCAUAACAGCAUAUUUCGGGAUAGCCCCUUGUGCUUAAAAGCGACCAUAUUGUUGUUUAUGCUAUUGUGAUUUUACGGGACAAAAACAAGUGAGAAGUUUUUUUGUUAGCGGAAAGACUUUGAUUAAGACUUCCAAGUGUUUUUUGUUGUAUUACUUUGAAGAUUUGAAAUUAUCUUUUCAGAUCUCGAGUGGUUUUGUCAAUAACAGUUUUGUUUUGUUGUUUUUUUUCCUUCUUACAAUGCUAGGUUGGGCUAAUUGUUUUCACUAUAUUUGUGUUUUUAUUAACACAUUUUUCUUCAUUUGAACCUUCGCUUUUACGUAACAAGAAACUUGGAUUAUGAGGGUAAUUUUUUUCUUUCAUGACUUCAAAAACUUAUGUUGGAUACCUUUUAAGAAGGUAGAUGUAUUGCUUGGUGAAAGUCAGUACCCUGCUUUGUCCUAUACCAGCUCAGCGAUGCAUCAGGAGAGGGCUGCAGAUCACGACUGUUCACCCCUGUCAUGCACACUUUGAGAGUGUUUUGCGAAAGUCAAUCCAUACUUGUGGAAGUUUGUUUCUAAUUUAAUUGUCAACCAAAAACUUGGCACCACAAUAAGGCAUACUUUCCAUGUUUUCGCAAAAUGUUUUUGUCGUUAAUGUGUACAGUAAUUGUAUUCCGUGGACAUUCUAAAUUAAAUUGUAACUGGAAUUUUUGAACAUUAGUACUCCUGAUGAAGAUGAUAGACUGUUCUCUUGCUGGAGUGCACUGAUAAUGUAAAACUUGAGGUUUGGAAAAGGGGGGUUAUGGAUAAAAGUAGUGUUAUGAUAAUUGUGGUCAUGGUUGGGUGGGUUUUCAUUUGUUGAAGUUGUCUAGUGAUAGUGGUGCCUUGUUCUUUUUUCUUGCCUCCGUGUGGACAAAAAGUAAAAAUCUCUUCUUGGGCCAAAGCUGAAAUCUUUUUUUCUAUGCGUUAUAUGACAGAGAGGUGCCGAUUUUCUAAAUUAAUCCAGAAUUUUGGAUGUCUGAAAUUGUUAGAUUUCUGUCUGCUUUCAAGCCGAGUGUCACAAAAAUAGUCUUAAUACGAGAUACAAUAAGAUCUGCGAAUUUCGAGUCCCUGAUUGAGCGUUUUCACGGGGUCUGAAAUGUUCCUGGUUUUUUUACCAUAGCCAGUUGGCACUUCUGUUUUUUAAAAAUUCAGUGAAUGUUUCACACUGAAGUCAUUGUCUGCAGUUUGACCUUUCUCAAUUCCUGAAGUAGAACAAUUUCUGUCGUUUGAAAUUACCACAUUUCUUAAAUGGUGAGGGAAAUGACUCUCAAACUUUUGCAAUGCUUGCUCCUCAAAUAAGAUGUCAAAAGUUUCUGUUCAUUUUUUUCAUGUAUUUAACUGCUCUUUGAAAUUUUGAUCUGUAAAAGAUUACAGUGGAGUUCGCUGAAACUGAAGUCUGUAGCACUACCAGAUUUUCUUCAGUUUAACAGGGUUUUCAGUUUUUUAGAGAGGCUACUCGCAUUGAAAAAAAAAAGGAAACAA